AUGUUCUAUUAUCUUUUGUUUCACCAUUUUUGCUUCAUACUAAGUUCAGAAAUUUCAAAAAAAUGUGUUUGUAUGCAUGUUCGAACAGAAAAAGAGUGCAAGAACUCUGGCUUAUGCAUUUGGGAGAUAGAUAAAUGUAUUAUAAAACCUGGCCAAUCAUACAAUACAGAGAUGAGUAAUUCGAAUAAAUGCAAGAGAUAUGCAUAAGAGGAUUGUAGAAAAUAAGAAUUUUGUGGAUUUUAUUUUGGUUAAUGUAUUGAUUUUGUUGACUGCAUGAUUUUUGAUAAAGAUAAUUGUUAAGAGUCUUCAUAUAAAUGUGUUUCUGAUGGCUCAAAGUGUGUGCAAAUAUAAGAAUGUAGUGAUUACAAAACACAGAAUGGAUGUGCCAAUAAAAAUAAGUAUAACAAGUACUGCUUUUGGAUCGGAGGGAUGGAAAAACAAUGUUUAGAUGUCCUAACUUGCGAAGGUCUACCAAUAUACUUAAAUAAUCAUUAAAUGUGUGAAUCAGGCCUAAAUGGAUGUACAAUAAGUGAGAAUGGUUAUGGAUGUAUAAACUAAAUGGAGUUUUGUUCAUAAUAUGCUAAUAAUUUCUAAUGCUUUAAAAGUAAAAAAAAUAAUUGCUAUUGGGAUUAUAAAAAUGAAAGAUGUGUAGAAAAGGUGUGCGAAAAUCUACUGUUCACUCAGGAUUACGAAUGCAAAGAAAUUUUAAGUGAUUGUACAACUAACGGAGUGCAUUGUGUAAGAAGGAGAUAAUGUAGUGAUGUUUAGAGUAUAUUUGGUUGUGUAACGGAUGCUGAGGGUAAAAAAUGUGAAUAUCAUUAAAAUCAAUGUAAAAUAAAAAGUUGCAGCACUGCUCCAGAUUCUCUUAGGAAUUAUCAAUAAUGCUAGGAUUAUGAUAAUCUAUUAGAUUGUGUUACUUCAGAAAACAAAGGAUGCAAAACACGACCUGAAACAUGCUAUGGUUACGCUGAAGAAGUAGAUUGCUAUUCUAUAACAUAAUAAGAUUGUGUUUGGUAUAAAAAUAAAUGCGAACAAAGAUAAUGUUACCAUGCACCAGAUUAUUUUACUCAUGAAGUUUGUCAUUUUUAUGGGAAUUGCAUAGGGAAAUUAGGUGGAGGAUGUUAAAUGACACCUUAAUUAUGUGAAGAAAUAAUGGAAGAAUAAUUUUGUGAAAUAAAUUACAAUGAAGAAAAGUGCAUUUGGCUUGGAGGUAAGUGCGAAUUGUUGCAAUGUAAAAAAUUGAAAUUACCAACCUAUAAAAAUCAUCAAAUGUGCUAAAAUUCAAGUUAAUAUUGCACUUUCAAUCUAAACACUUUAGGUUGUAUAGAUUAUUUAUGUGAAAAUAUUUUAGAAAUAGAGUAUUGUACAAUUGAUUCAAAUGGUACUGUUUGCACAUUGAAUUAAGGAUGUGUAGAAAAGAAUUGCAAUACUGCUCCUCCAGAUUAUGAUUCAAACUCGAAAUGUGAAGAGUGGAUACCAAAAUGCACAGUUAAUGUAUAAUAUUUAUAGAAUUCAAAAAUUUUGAUUGGCUGUACAGAUAAGAAGAAUAGUUGUGAGCUUUCUAAUUACGAUCAAUGUUAUUCAACAAUUUCAGGACUUUAGUGUAAGUGGGAUGAAUAAAAUAAAAAAUGCAUUAAUCAAUAAUGAUUGUUAAUAAUUUAAAGUGCUUUUUGGUCCUUGCAUUCUAAGAUCUUAAGGAGCUGGAUGUUAAUAAUGGCCAACAGAUUGCACUCAAAUGAUGUCUAAAAAUCAAUGUUAAUUGAAUUUAUAAGAUGGAACAAAUUGUUUUUGGAUUGGGACUAAAUGUAAGAAAUAAGAAUGUUCAGAUGCUCCUAAAACAAAUUACACCAAUAAUGUUGAAUGUAAUACUUGGUUAAAGACUUGUAUUUUUGAUCAUUCACUUGGUGGAUGCAAAGAUCGCCCUAAUCCCCUUGCUUGUUCAUCUUCUCCAAAUGAUAAAAUGUAUAAUAAUCAUCAAGAGUGUUUUGCUUGGAACCCUAAAUGCACCGUGAUUUCAUCCUUUAAAGUUGAAGGAUGUGAACCCAAGAAGGCUAAUUGUCAUGAAUUCAUUAGGCAAAGAAAUUGUAAGACAAAUAUAAAUGGCUAAUUUUGUUAUUGGGAUGAUAAAUUACAAAAAUGUAUGAAUGAGGGUGAAGAUAAUAAAGGAGUUGCUGAUUGUGAUAAGAGACUUUAUGGAGAUCUAACUCAUCAGGAUUGUGAGGACUUCCUGCCUAAAUGUACAAUAAAAAAUAUGGGCAAAUCCUGCUAAUUUCUUUCAGAGUAGUGCGAUUAUAAAUAUUAAUAAUAAUGUGUAAUUGAUAUCUAUUAGUAACCUUGCAAAUGGGAUUAUCAAAAUUAAAUCUGUAAAUCUGUGGCUUGCACUGAUAACACUACUGCUUAAACUGAGGCUGAAUGUUUAAGAUUCAGAUUAAGUUAUGAAUGCUAAUUAAAAAUUAAUUCUGAUGGAACAUACGGUCCUGGUUGUGAGAAGAGACCUAGCAACUGUGGAGAGGUUACAAAUCCUGUCAUAUGUAAAUUAACUCUAACAACUUAAUAAUAGAAAUGCUAUUUUAUGAAAUAUAAUUCUACGUGUUCUUAAUUAACAUCAUCAUAAUGCGAAAAUAUUGAGAGUCAAAGUAAUGAAACAUGUCAAUCAUAUAAUACUUAUUGUGUCCUUUAAUCAAGUGGAUAAGGAUGUCAUUCUAUUUAUCUUUGUAUUAAUUUAACGAGUAAGGUUUGUAACGGUGCCCUCAUGAAGUAAAAUAAUAGAUGCAUAUAUUAAGACAAAUGCAAUUAUGAUGUUUGUUCCUCCAGAUAUCUUUCUUAGAGCAGAUGUAGUGGCUAAAAAACAGCAUCAGGAAUAUAAUGCUCAUAUAUAUAUUCAUGCUCUGGCUCUGACUCUUGCGGAUACAAAUGCAUCAAUUAAACCGAAUAAAUGAAUUUAACCUUUCCUUCUUCAGCGACCCUUGCGGACAAAAGACAGUACUGUUAAAAUUACUCAUCAUCAUAUCGAUAUGAUACAAACUGUAAUUGCUGUGUAAUAUUGACUUCAUGCAGCUUGUAAGUAGGCUCCUAAUCUCUUUGUAAUUCAUCGAUUAGCCAAAACGGAUAAAAGUGCGGAUAUAAUCAAUCGAAUAAUACUUGUUAAGAUAGACUUUGCUCUCAUUUAAAUUCCACUUAUACUCUUUCGUAAUUAAUUUGUUAUAAUUGGGGUUAAAAUUGUGUAUAUAGUGUUACUGGUUGUAAGCUCUUUUCGGGUGAUUGUUCAACUAUAGGUCUAAUUUAAUAAUGUUAUUCUCAUUCAUGUUACUGGUAAGAUGCUAAAUGUGUAAACUAUGUUAAUUGUGAUCUUAACACAACUGCUGUGACAAAUCGGGAAUGUUUAUUAAAUAAUAGCAUUUACUGCAGAUUAAAUUACACUCAAGGCAAGGGUUGUGGCUUUCGUUAUUGUGAACACAUCUAUGAAGCUACAAUAUGUAGUUCAGCAAAAAUUAUUACUGGAGAAAGAUGUUUUUGGGAUGGCACUUGCACGAAUAAAAUGUGUUAUGAGCAUACAAUAGAAUCAGAUUGUCAAAAUAGUUAUGGUUAUUAUAUCGCAGCUGUUACAAAAUGUUAUUGGUGCGCACUUAACGCUACUAAAUGCUCUAAUAAUAAAUACUGCAGCCUUACUAGCAUGACAGCACCUUCAUCACAUGAGGAUUGCAAUAGUAAAUAUUUCUUAUAAACAAUUAAUAUAUCGAUAAGCUCAAAGUGCACUCUCAAACAAUAAUAAUGUUCAAAUUACACAUAUAAAGAUGCAUGUGUAAAAACAAUAGAUAAUAUAGACUGUUAUUGGUAUUCUAAUGCUUGUAUAGAUUAUUGUGAUGCUGCAGUUCAAUCGAUAUUUAUCUGGACACAUUCAUCAUGUCAAAGUUGGAAUGGUUCUUGUAUGUCACUAAAUAAUGUGGGAUGUCAACUGCUUAAUUGUUCAAAAUUGACAAUAGAUGCAAACUGUGCAAUUUUUUCUACAAAGUGUUUUUGGGAUGGUUCGACUUGUUAAACUAUUGGCGAUUGUAGCAUAUACUUUGAUAAUUCCUUGUGCUUAAAUACGAAAAAUUCAUAAGGCAUUCCUUGCUUUUGGGAUGGUACUAAAUGUUUAGAAAAAACAUGCUCAAAUAAACCUACCUCUUCAAAUGACCAAACCGAAUGCAACAGUUGGUUGACUAAUUGCUAAUGGAAUAAAAAUAAUAAUCGAUGCGUAGAAGAUUGCACAUAAGCUGAUAUUUCAAAUAACACUCAUUAACAAUGCGAAUCCUAUUAUUCAAAUAAAAGUUGCACUGUAAAAGUAGACAUUAUUUAAUGUGUGGACCUUCCCUUUUCUUGUCCUUUAGCAAAGGAAACUUAGUGUUAUAAAGAUUAAUUUGGAAAUGAAUGCUACUAUUAGGAUACAUUAAAAAAGUGUGUUAAUUUAUUAUGUUCGAACUUGGAAGCAUCAUUUACAACUCAUGAAAGAUGUAACUAAAGAUUAAAAUCUUGUACAGUAAAUAAAGAUUUUAAUGGAUGCCAAUAAUUGAAUAAUUGUGGUAGCUAUUCAAAUCCAGAGCUAAUAGUGAAGGACAGACAAAUUUAAGUGGAGUAAGUUGUUUCUGGAAUGAGGAGUUGA